AAAGUCUCCAUCACUCGUGGAACUUGUUGGCAAUGCCUAUUUUGCAGCUUUCCCCCGCGUUCUCGAAACCAACUAUUUAAAGGUCUGCGGUCGCAAAUGGUUUGACUAAACGUAGGAUGGGACUUAAGUUGAACGGCAGAUGUUUUUCACUGAUCCUCGCGGUGCAAAUCGCAUACCUGGUGCAGGCCGUGAGAGCAGCUGGCAAGUGCGAUGCGGUCUUUAAGGGCUUUUCGGACUGUUUGCUCAAGCUGGGCGACAGCAUGGCCAACUACCCGCAGGGCCUGGAUGACAAGACGAACAUCAAGACUGUGUGCACAUACUGGGAGGAUUUCCACAGCUGCACGGUCACAGCCCUUACGGAUUGCCAGGAAGGGGCAAAAGAUAUGUGGGAUAAACUGAGAAAAGAAUCCAAAAACCUCAACAUCCAGGGCAGCUUAUUCGAACUCUGCGGCGGCAGCAACGGGGCCGCGGGGUCCCUGCUCCCGGCGCUCUGCGUGCUCCUGGCUUCUCUCUCGGCAGCUUUAGCGACCUGGCUUUCCUUCUGAGCGGGGCUAGCUCCCCCCGCGCGCCCACCCACACUCACUCCAUGCUCCUGGAAAUCAAGAGGAAGAUCCAUUCGUUCUUUGGGGACGUUGUGAUUCUCUGUGAUGCUGAAAACACUCAUAUAGGAUUAUGGGAAAUCCUGGUUCUCUUUUUUGGUUUCCUUUGAUUCCUUGUAUUUUAUUUGCCAAAUGUUACCAAUCGGUGAGCAAAGGAAGCAAGCACAGCCAAAAUCCGACCUCAGCUUUAGUCCGUCUUCACACUAAAAUAAGAAAACGGCAAACCCACCCCCAUUUUAAAAUUUUUAAUUAAGUUAUUUAUUUUUGGCAAAAGAAUCUCAGGAACGGCCCUGGGCCACCUAAUAUAUUAAUCAUGUUAAUACAUGGGAAAUGAUGGGCUCCUUCUAAUAGGAAUGAGGAUAGGAGAAGGCCACGGGCAAUGAAUUCAAGAAAGAUCUCCACGUGGGAAGCAUGUGGUGAAUAAUUGACGCUCACGUCUUUCUGCCACAGUAUCUUGUUUUGAUCAUUUCCACUGCACAUUUCUCCUCCAGAAAAUGGAGACAGAUUGUUGGCUUUGUUUUGGAGAAGGUAGGAGGAGAGAGAGAGGAAGGGUUGAGGCAAUCUCUGACAGAAAGGGAAAGCUGCCUAGGAAUGCUGCUAAUGUUCGUGAGGGGUUAGCUUUACCUGCUGUUGUCCAUGCAUCUUACCAAGUUCACUGCCUUUAUUUUCUCUCCUCCCUCUUGUUUUAGCUGUUACACAUACAGUAAUACCUGAAUAGCCAAUGGUAUAGAUCACAAGGGGGGGGGGGAUGUUAACUGUUAAUCUAAAAUAUAGUUAAAAAAAGAUUUUGACAUAAAAGAGCCUUGAUUUUAAAAAAAAGAGAUGUAAUUUAAAAAGUUUAUUAUAAAUUAAAUUCAGCAAAAAAAUUUGCUACAAAGUCUAGAGACAUAUAAAAUAAAAGUUAUUGUUUGAAA